UUCUCGGUACCUUGAGCCAUUAACGGUCAAGGGUAAUCCGCCACUCACAAGGAGACGUGAGAUGUAUGGCCACACAAUACGGAAUCGUUACCAUGGACUUCAAACAAAUCGGCAGAACGAGAGUUUUGCGCUUUGUGGUGAACGGCGAAGGGUGUCAGCACGAUUCCUCAACAGCCAGUGUUGGAUGCUCUUGUGGUUGAGAGCAGAUCUUCACCCCUGGCCCUGUUUGAACUGUGGCUUUGCCUGGUCCUGAUGGUCUGGCCACACUCCCCUCCGUUUCGCGACCGGGUCCAGCCUUCAAGGAUCCUGUUGCCAAUUGGAAGAAAGCUCGUCCGGACCAAACUCCAGAGGAUUCCACCUCCAAGUCUGGUAUUACUGGAUACGAUUCGCAAGCAGUGGGUGAGAAAAAUCCUCCGCCUUCGUGGAUGGCGAUCGGGGACCCGGGACCAAAGAUAUGAAUCCCGGCAAUACGGGAGCGCUCCUGGGCUGUGGAGAGCAGCAGAGUCUGCCUUUUGACCCGUUCCAUAUUUUCUGUUUGGCGGGGAGGCAAAGAGAGCGGGCACUUCCGGCUUCAUCAUGGAGGGCGUGGCGGACCAAAGGUGCCUGGCCCGGGCGUUUCACGACUUCUGUCAAGUCUGCUUGGCGCUUCGCUCUCAUCCAAUGGGCAUGGGAUUGUGCCUGGUUCCUGUGGACGAGAAAAGCGACGUCCGCUGUCGAAUCCAGAGCCACAGUCCCCUCGUGGUGGCUCUGGCUCCACCUGGAGCGCACAUCGUGAUGGGCCGGCGUCGAACAGAGUUGGAGUGACGCCGUCAAUUCGACAAG